UGUAAUUUGGCCAAUCAAAAUUCUAAACAGCAUUCGCUUUCGAUCACGUCUGAAUAAAGGAUAACCUGAAAUCCCUAUAUUUGCAUAUUCACCGUCGAGAGGCAAUAAAAAUCACAAGCUCGUUAGACAACCAUCACUUGGCACUCAUCGUAUCUGAAGUAUGGCACCGAAGACAGGGAAAGGAACUAAGAAGGCUGGCAAGGGCCGCCCAAUGGGCAAGGGUGGUAAGAACAAGAGAAGGAGGAGGAGGGAGACCUUUGGCAUCUACAUCUACAAGGUGCUCAAGCAGGUGCACCCCGACACCGGUGUCUCCAGCAAGGCUAUGAACAUCAUGAACUCCUUCGUCAACGACAUCUUCGAGCGUGUCGCUGCUGAAGCUUCCCGCCUCGCUCACUACAACAAGCGCUCCACCAUCAGCAGCCGGGAGAUCCAGACCGCCGUCCGUCUGCUGCUGCCUGGCGAGUUGGCCAAGCACGCCGUCAGCGAGGGCACCAAGGCCGUCACCAAGUACACCAGCUCCAAGUAAGCGACGGGAAUCUAUAAAACCACCGGCCCUUUUCAGGGCCACCCACAUCUCACAAAAGAGCUGUAUUGAUCCGGGACAUCUGCUGAGCAGAAGCUCCGAAAUUGCACUUGACUUGGUUCACAUCUGCUAGAGGUUGACAGA